AGUCAUUGACUUUUCUCUCGUUUGCGAAGAAUCUCAAGAUGCCUGGAAAAGUUGCUGCCAAGGGUGGAAAGAGUGCCGUGAGCGGCAAGGCCACGAAGAAGGCCGUCACCGAUGGAGGAGACAAGAAGAGGCGUCAUCGCCGCCGUCGCGAGUCUUACUCCAUCUACAUCUACAAGGUCCUGAAGCAGGUACACCCUGACACUGGUGUGUCCAGCAAGGCCAUGAGCAUCAUGAACUCUUUCGUCAGCGACAUCUUCGAGCGCAUUGCUGCUGAGGCUAGCCGUCUGGCUCACUACAACAAGAAGUCUACCAUCACCAGCCGGGAAAUCCAAACCGCUGUGCGUCUUCUGUUGCCUGGUGAGCUUGCCAAGCACGCCGUCAGCGAGGGUACCAAGGCCGUCACCAAGUACACCAGCAGCAAGUAAACACCUUGUCUCGAGAUGUGAUCGCUUGAUUCUUCAAAAACAACCGGCUUUUUUCAAAGCCACCACAUACAAUCAAAAGGAAGUUGCUGUCCGUUUCGUAUUUUGUGAUGUAUGUGAUUGCAUGAUCUUUCGCAAGAAAAAUAGUUACAGUACCGUUGCACACACUGCCGUAAAAA